UACGAAACCUGACCGACAACUGGCCGCUGGGGAGCGCCCUCUGCAAGCUGGUGCCCCUCGUCCAGGCCCUUUCGGUGUACGUGUCAGUGCUGGCGAUGACGCUGACGGCCAUCGACCGCCACCGCCUCCCAAAAGGGGUCCUCAUCGGCCUGAUGUGGGCCGCCGCCCUUCUCCUCGCCGCGCCCAACGCCGUCUUCAACAUCGUCGUGGAGAUUAAGAUGUUCAAUCGGCUGCAGAUGCAGAUGGUGGCCGGGGGAAAAGAAGGAGAGCACGGAGGUGACGGUGGUGACGGGGGUGACGGGGGUGACGGGGGUGACGGGGGUGAUAAUGAGCCAAAAUUGGAGGUGCAGGUGCUGCACCGCUGCAAGACCGUCUACCCGGAGCACUCGGAGCGGCUCUACCAGCGCGCGCUCACCGGCUUCGCCUUCGCCACCCAGUUUCUCCUGCCCCUGCUGGUGGUCGCCUUCUGCUACCUCCUCAUCGGCGUCACCAUCACCCGGCGGAAGUUCCUCGGCGAGUGCAUCACCACCCAGCAGGCCGCCUCCGCCGUCAGCUCCAAGCGGAAGACCAUCAAGAUGCUGAUGCUGGUGGUGGCGGUCUUCGCCCUCAGCUGGCUCCCCUACAAUCUGCUGUACAUACUGAAGGACUUCCGCGAGGUGGAGUUCAGCCUGACGGAGCACUACAUCGCCCACUGGGUGGCCAUGUCCAGCCUCUGCUACAAUCCCUUCAUCUACUUUGG